AUGAAGCUCCCCAGGCCAUCAUUCCGGAGCCUCGUCCAGCCAUCCCGGAAACUGCUGCCCCUGCAGCGCGGCGGCAUCACCCAAACCGCCUAUCAAAGACCGCAUCAUGUCUUUUCGCGGCCUCAGCGAAGCUACAGCUCCGUAGUAUCAGCAGCCAAUGUUCAGUUUGGCCAACCAGUCCAUGAGACACAUCCCCACAUCCUCAAGGCUGGCGAGCUGACCCCCGGCAUCAGCGCUCAAGAAUAUGCCGACCGUCGGGCUGCUCUCGCUGACGCCAUGUCCGAGGGCGGCGUCGCUGUCCUCCAUGCCGCGUCUCUCCAGUACAAAUCCGGUGCCGUAUUUCACCCUUACCGCCAGGAAACCAACUUCCUCUGGCUGACGGGAUGGGACGAGCCGGAUGCCAUGGCCAUUAUUGAGAAGACUGGGCCAAAAUGGGGUGACUAUCUCUUCCAUAUGUUUGUCAAGGCGAAAAACCCCCGAGAAGAGCAGUGGUCCGGCUAUCGCAACGGCGUCCAGGCCGCCCAGGACGUGUGGAAUGUAGACGAGGCCUGGUCCAUGGACAGAAUCGACUCGGUGCUGCCCAGGCUCCUCGACUCGGCCAAGCUCAUCUACACCGAUGUCGAGUCGGCCAGGGCGUCCAACAACUCGCUAUGGCGCUUCAUCACCGGCAGCAACGGCCCUGCCAAGACGCCCCUGUAUCCCGUCAUGAACAAGCUUCGGGUCAUCAAGAGCCCAGCAGAGGUGACCAACAUGCGCCUGGCCGGCCAAAUCUCCGGUCGUGCCAUCACAAACGCGAUGCGGCGAUCGUGGAUCAAGGAAAAGGACCUGCACGCCUAUCUCGACUACGAAUUCACCAUCAACGGCUGUGAUGGGCCAGCUUACAUCCCCGUCGUGGCAGGCGGCCCACGCGCCAACUGCAUUCAUUACACCGUGAACAACAACGUCUUCAACAACGACGAGCUCAUCCUCGUCGACGCCGGCGGCCAGUACGGCACCUACAUCACCGACAUUUCGCGGACGUGGCCCGCCUCGGGCAAGUUCACCCCGGCCCAGCGAGACCUCUACGAAGCCGUGCUCAAGGUCCAGCGGACAAGCGUCUCCCUCUGCCGCGAAUCUGCCCGGCUGUCGCUAGAGGACAUCCACGGCAUUACGGCCCGUGGCCUGGUCGACCAGCUCAAGAGCAUCGGCUUCAGCAACCUGACCACGGGCAACAUUGACCAGCUGUUCCCCCACCAUGUGGGACACUACAUCGGCCUGGACGUGCAUGACUGCCCAGGGUACAGCAGGAGAGAGAUUCUGCGGAGGGGCCACUGCGUUACCGUCGAGCCGGGCGUCUACGUCCCGGACGACGCGCGGUGGCCCGUUCAUUUCAGGGGUAUGGGCAUUCGCAUCGAGGACAGCAUCUGCGUGGACGAGGACGCGCCGUAUAUUCUCACCACCGAGGCUGUCAAGGAAGUUGCGGAUAUUGAAGCGUUACGAGACUAA